AUGGGACACAACAGUAAGCAAAUUAUUCGUUUGUGCCAUAAAUAUUCUCCAUCAGUGAUUACAACAACAACAACAACAACAACAACAACAACAACAACAACAACAACAACAACAACAACAACUACUACUACUACUACUACUACUACUACUACUACUACUACUACUACUACUACUACUACUACUACUACUACUACUACUACUACUACUACUACUACUACUACUACUACUACUACUACUACUACUACUACUACUACUACUACUACUUCUACUACCAUUCUGACUUCUAAUUGUCACAUUGAUUUGUCGUGUGAAAUUAUGUGUUUUCCAUCUGAAUGGCGAGUUUCGAUUCUCUUCAAAGUUCUCUCUUUCUCGUAUUUUAGAGACAGUUGCAUUGAUUCGAAGUGA